GCUGCAGCAGUGUGGGGCUGACAGAGUGUGUCAACUUGAGCUCUGGUUGUGCAGGCACCGCUGCUGCGUGAGCCUGUUAUUCCGUUCUGGAUUGCUAUUUUGAUACCCAGAUUGCAUCAUUCUUCCUACGUAUAAACAGGGGGUCCCCAGGGCCCUGCAGCUACUCACUUCUCCACCAACACUGUUGUUGUGAUGAGCUCUAUUUAAAUGAGCUGCCGGAUCGGGGCAGAUUCCAGCCAUACAUGAGCACUGUCAUUUUGGGGAACAUGGAGGGCUGAAGGAUUUUUGGAUCGAGUCCUAAAAGGCUGAGAGUGAUGGCCUCCUGAGCUGUGCAGAGGGCGGCAGAGCUAGUUCCUGAAAGUUGAAAAUCUCGUUUUCUUCCUUCUGAGCUUCUAUUCCAAGGCACCCAGAGGAUUAGGAAGGAGAUGCAGCUAGGAAGAGAGUCGCCUCUUUGAGGUCUCCCUCUUGCUGUUCAGUUUGGGAAAUUGCUGCAGAGCCUUCAAGAUAAACAGGAACAGGAGGAGUCAACCAACCUUUUCUUGCAGGAGCGUCUCAGGUGUUGCUCUAAUCACGGGGCAGCAGGGCCACAGUGACUAACAGAGGCUAAGGAGGUAAAAUGUCUUACUUGUGGAUACAGAGAGCUCAUCUCCUGUCCUGGGUGUAAGCGAGUAUAUCUUACCAGGGAUGUAAAUGAACAUUUUUUUCUGCAGUGCUUUUCUACAGGGCGAUCCAAGAUGGCCAGGAACUGCUCCGAGUGCAAGGAGAAGAGGGCAGCGCAUAUCCUGUGCACCUACUGCAACCGCUGGCUGUGCAGCUCAUGCACAGAGGAGCACCGGCAUGGCCCCGCCCCUGGGGGCCCACUCUUUCCGCGGGCCCACAAGGGACCACCAGGAGUGAGCAGUGGUUCUGGGGACUUCGCCUUGUACUGUCCUCUACACACACAGGAAGUGCUCAAGCUAUUCUGCGAGACCUGUGAUGUGCUCACGUGCCAUAGCUGCCUCAUGGUGGAACACAAAGAACACAGGUGUAGACAUCUUGAAGAAGUUUUGCAAAACCAGAGGAUGCUUCUAGAAAGUGUGACUACACAGGUGGCUCAUAAGAAAUCUACUCUACAGACAUCUGCAAAGCAAAUUGAGGACAGGAUUUUUGAGGUGAAGCAUCAACACAGGAAGGUGGAAAACCAGAUCAAGAUGGCCAAGAUGGUUCUGAUGAAUGAGCUGAACAAACAGGCCAACGGGCUCAUAGAGGAGUUGGAGGGUAUUACUAAUGAGAGAAAGCGGAAGCUGGAACAGCAGUUACAGAGCAUCAUGGUUCUCAACCGUCAGUUUGAGCAUGUGCAGAACUUCAUCAACUGGGCUGUCUGCAGCAAGACCAGUGUCCCUUUCCUGUUCAGCAAAGAGCUGAUUGUGUUUCAGAUGCAGCGAUUGCUGGAGGCAAACUGUAACACAGAUCCGGGCUCCCCCUGGAGUAUCAGAUUCACCUGGGAGCCUAACUUCUGGACCAAGCAGCUGGCUUCCCUUGGCUGUAUAACUACUGAAGGUGGACAGCUGUCCCGGGCAGAUACUCCUGCUUAUGGAGGCUUACAGGGACCAUCAUCCUUUUAUCAAAGCCACCAGUCCCCAGUGGCUCAGCAAGAGACUCUUAGCCACCCCUCACAUAAGUUCCAGUCUCCAGCACUGUGUUCUUCAUCUGUAUGCUGCUCCCACUGCUCCCCAGCCUCGCCUUCCCUCAAAGGCCAGGUCCCCCCACCCAGCAUACACUCAGCCCACAGCUUUAGGCAGCCCUCAGAGAUGGCACCCCAACAGCUAGGCUCUCUGCAGUGCUCUACUCUGCUGCCCAGGGAGAAGGAGCUGCCUUGCAAUCCUCAGCCACCAAAACUGAUGCAGCCCUGGCUGGAAACCCAGCCCCCCGUGGAGCAGGAGAACACAUCCCAGCGGCUGGGGCAACAGCCAACUUCCCAGCCAGUAUGCAUUGUGCCCCCGCAGGAUGUUCAGCAAGGAGCCCAUGCCCAACCCACCUUACAGACACCCUCUAUCCAAGUCCAGUUUGGCCACCACCAGAAGCUGAAGCUCAGCCACUUUCAGCAGCAGCCACAGCAGCAACUGCCACCUCCGCCACCUCUGCCACCCCCACCCCAGCAGCAGCCACUGCCACCUCUACCUCCACCCCAGCAUCCAGCUUCUAGUCAGCAUGGGAGCCCUCCUGGGCCUGCCUGUUCCCAGAACAUGGAUAUAAUGCACCACAAAUUUGAGCUGGAGGAGAUGCAGAAGGACCUGGAGCUUCUUCUUCAGGCUCAACAGCCCAGCCUACAGCUGAAUCAGACCAAAUCUCCUCAGCAUCUUCAGCAAACCAUUGUGGGACAGAUCAACUACAUUGUGAGGCAGCCAGCACCCGUCCAGUCCCAGAGCCAAGAGGAUGCUGCACAGGCUUCGGAUGAGCACCCCACAUCUGAAGGUCCAAAGCCGCCUCUCCCACUUGACAAGAAUACUGCUGCUAACUUGCCCCAGGCGUCUGGGGAGGAAACCCCUCCUGGUGUCCCCCCACCAGACGGCACCAUCCCGCACUCCUCUCCAAGUGUGGUGAGAAAGCAUUCCACUUCAGUGAGCAUCAUGGGCUUCUCCAACACGCUAGAGAUGGAGCUGUCAUCUACCAGGCUAGCCAGGACCCUGGAGCCGCAGAUCCAGAGCAUGAGCAGCCUGACUGCUGCCCCUUCCCACGUGGUCCCAAGCCUGCUGAGCGGCACCCCCACAACUGUGUCCAGCCUGCUGAGCGGUCAGAGCCAGGCUGUGCCCAGCCUGACAGUUAGUCCUCUGCAGACCAUACCCAGUCUUGUACGUGGCACACCCCGGACCGUGCCCGGUUUGAUGAGUGAUUCCUCCCAGGCCAUCACAAGCCUAGCAAGUGAUCACUCACAGGCCAGGCCCAAGCUGAUGUCUGGUCCCACCCAGACUCUGCCAAGUCUGGCUACUUGUCCACUGCAGAGCAUGCCUCCGGCUUCUGACACGCAACCGGAAACUGCAUCCAGUGGCAGUCCUGGCUCUGGCGGAGCUGUGGGGAGCCUGUGCCCUGGAGAUGGGGCUGACCCCUCUCUUGGGAAUGCCCUGUGUAAGAUGGAAAGUGAGGAUUCUUCCCGCUUCACUGACUCUCUGGAACAGGACCCCACAACUCCUGGUCUGGAGGUUUCCAAGGAUUUGGCUAUCCCUUCAGAACUGGAGGAGCCAAUUAACCUCUCUGUGAAGAAACCUCCAGUGGUCCCAGCAGUCAGCACAGCCAUGGCUCUGCAGCAGUACCAGAACCCAAAAGAGUAUGAGAAUUUUGAAGAAGCCCUGGAGCUGAAUGUAAAAGAGAACCAGAGUAUCAGGCGAGAGCCUAAGAUUCCCUAUGUGCGGCUGGAGCGGCUUAAGAUCUGUGCUGCCUCCUCGGGAGAGAUGCCUGUGUUCAAGCUGAAGCCCCAGAAGAAUGAGCAGGAUGGGAGCUUCCUGCUGAUCAUCGAGUGUGGCACAGAGUCCUCCAGCAUGUCCAUUAAGGUCAGCCAGAACAACCUGCCUGAUGCCAUCCAGGCCCCAAGUCUGGGGGGAAGAAAGGUCACUGUCACUUCUCUGGCUGGACAACAGCCACCAGAAGGGGAGGGUGCAUCUCCUGAAGAACAAAGGCUCAUCCCUCGGACCCUUGGAGCCAAGAAGGGGCCCCCAGUACCAAUAGAGAAUGAGGACUUCUGUGCUGUGUGCCUCAAUGGGGGCGAGCUACUGUGCUGUGACCGCUGCCCUAAGGUGUUCCACCUCUCCUGCCACCUGCCGGCCUUGCUUGGCUUCCCAGGGGGAGAUUGGGUGUGUACCUUGUGCCGCAGCCUGACCCAGCCCGAGAUGGAGUAUGACUGUGAGAAUGCCCGCUAUUACCAACCCGGGAUGCGGGACACCCCUGGCCUGAGCAUCUAUGACCAAAAGAAGUGUGAAAAGUUGGUUCUGUCCUUGUGCUGCAAUAGCCUCAGCCUGCCCUUCCACGAGCCUGUCAGCCCGCUGGCCCGGCAUUACUACCAGAUUAUCAAGAGGCCCAUGGACCUGUCAAUCAUCCGGAGGAAGCUGCAAAAGAAGGACCCAGCUCACUACACCACCCCAGAGGAGGUGGUGUCAGAUGUCCGCCUCAUGUUCUGGAACUGUGCUAAAUUCAAUUAUCCUGACUCAGAAGUUGCAGAGGCUGGCCGCUGCCUGGAAGUUUUCUUUGAGGGCUGGUUGAAGGAGAUCUAUCCGGAAAAACAGUUUGCCCAGCCGAGGCAGGAGGACUCAGACUCCGAGGAGGUGUCUAGCGAGAGUGGCUAUUCCACUCCCCAGGGCUUCCCAUGGCCUCCCUAUGUGCAGGAGGGCAUCCAACCCAAGAGGCGGCGGCGACAUAUGGAGAAUGAAAGAGCAAAAAGAAUGUCAUUCCGCUUGGCCAGCAGCGUCUCCCAGGUGUGAGAGCUGGCAGUAGAGCACCCUGGCAGCUGGUGUCCCAUCCUGUUGACCACUCCUCCCCACCUUUCAGCUCAUUCUCUUCAGAUUGUGGAUGUGAGACAAGUCUUGUUGAGCUGUGUAGUGCUCUUCUUUGCCGUUUGCAUUUUACAGCAUUCAUUUGGGAGCCAUAGUGCAUCCACUACAGAGAAGAUUUCAGUAAUAAACAGCGAAGAGGGAGGUGUUCCCGAUUACCAGAAAAAUCAGAUGUGUAGGGUCCCCUUGAUGAGACUGAGCCUGGUCGGGCUUGGAAGGACCUAACUUCCUUGGUGUCUUUUCUCUGCUGAGGAAAGCAGACUUUUCUCACCUAUCAGUGUGCAGGGUCCAGGAGCAAUAUAUAUAUAUGUAUAUAUACAUAUAUAUCUGAAGUCCUCCUGGGCCCAGAGGGAAGCAAAAGAAGGGAGAGAGGUUCUGACAUAUGGCAGGCCUGUGAUCCCUGGCCUAGCACAGCCAAAGACUGUCACUGUUUGCCUUUGCUUGGCCUGCCGGGACAGGAAGCUGCCCUGUGUGGGGUAAUGGAGGCUUCUAGAGGCCUUAGGUCUCAAUUGGUGCCUAUUCGGGUUCUAACGGUUUUCAGGGUAUUUGUUUCUCAUGCCCCCUAUAUCGAUGUUGACUUAGGUGGCCGCUGUGAAAGUGCUCUAGGUGAUAUGGCAUUCUUGAUGGGGCCAGGUGGCUGUGCAGGGACUGCUGACAGCUUCAGGCUCAUAUUUCACCUUGCAGGCUUAAGGAGAUGUCAACCUCAGAGCCUGUGCUCUGUGCCACUUACUUUGGGUUCUUAGUUCUUCCUUGGUGUCAACACUUCCUAGAAGUGAUUGUCAGUGGCCAUCUCUUCAUUGUCUCCACUCAGAGGUCUGGAUGCUGAGUUCUGCCUGGGAAAUCUGAGAGGCAGGGGCUGGCCAAGGAGGGUGACCCAGAACCAGCUCGCCCUGCUGGGUUCCUCCUCCCUCUUAGAGAUCCUAGUCCUCAGCUUCUCCACUUUUGCAGAGCCAAAGAUCAGAAGCAAGUUCUCUGACUUGCCUGCCUCCAGGCUGCCCACAGCCCAGAAAAAGCCAAGACUUUACUGGCAACCCUUUUUUGUUGAAGGCUGGAGAAGGCCAGAGGACUGCCAGGAGCCCGAGCUAACCAUUCAUGGGGAUGUUCCAUCUUGGAUGGAGAAGGGGAAAACUGAGAGGUGAGGAGCCAGAGUCCUUUGUUGACCUUGAAGCAACUUAAGGAUUAUUUCUCUGAGAAUUCAGAGGGAAGUGUUCUGGAAGCCACAGGAACAGGAAUUCCAGAUCACAUCUCAGAUGGAGAUGGAUCUUCAUGGUCUGUGCAGGGUGUUUGGGAGGAGGAAGCAUAGGAGAUGCUGUGGGUCAGGGUGUUCCCCAGCAGGAACUUGGUUGAGAGGGAACCUACUGCUGCUGAUGAUGGGGGAGCUGUGGACCUGGCACUUUGGUGGCCCUGCCUGCAGACAUAGCUUUCUCUGGUCUGGUCAUGUCUUGGCUAAUUUCAAGGGAGUCUUAGGUCAGGGCUUUAUUUUUUGCUAAGAGAUGAAGUUUAAGGAAGUUCUUGUGUGUAGGGCCUUUGUUAAUGGGAACAUUCUGCUUGGGGAAGACAUUUCUUCUCUCCUUGUGAGUUUGUGGUACUGCUCAUUUCCUUUGCUACUCAGGCUGAGAGGCCAUCUUCGCUUCAAAGCCAACCAUGCUCUUGGCCUGCCAUUCCUUCACCAGCCCUUGCCAGGCUCUCCUGUGCAGACAGACUUCUAUAGUCCAAACAGGGGUAACUAAGUCUUUUUGCUCCAAUAGCCAGGCAAUCUUUAGACCUAGCCCCUCUGCUCUUUGGGCCUCACACGACUCUCUGGAUUGGGCUUUGGCCACUUUCCUGUCAAUUUUUUAAAUCUUUUUCUCUGUUUAGUUGUCUUGGCAAGAUUCCCUCUGUAGUUACCUCACUAAUUCGUGCCCUUGUCAUCUUUCCUUUACUGUGGGCCACACUCCCCCUCCCCUGAGUGAGCAUUAUGGUGCUAUAUGUCAGACAGCCAGGUGAGAGCUGUGACAGGCUCAAGCCUGGUUGAGAUUCUUCCACAGGACUAACUGGAGACCACAAAUAUGAAGUAGAAAUGCCUGGCUUCCCUUCUCGUAGUGAAGCUCCCAGCUGGAUAUAGCCUGCUGGGCCAGGAGAUCUUAGUAAUGUAGAAGAGAAUCACAUACUCCUUUCCUGUCACAGAGACCCUGCAUGCUGCUGCGAGGCCCACUUUUGGCACCUGAGCAGACAUAAGGUGUCCUUCCCUGCAAGGGUGUGAGGCCCUGGCCCACAAUGGCACCCCUGCACUGGUUACUCCACACCGCUGCCCUCUCCCAGGCUUUUCCUGUGGACUUAGCACCAGCGUUUUGAGUCACAGUUUUGUUUCGUUUUGUUUUUGCAUGCAGAAAACAGGAUGUGACUUUUUAGAAAUUAAAAAAACAAAACAAAACAAAAAAACCCAAAAAGCUGCUAGCUGAGUGACUGACUCCAGGGAUUCUUGCUGACAUCUGAACUGAUCCUGCUUUUGACUUACUCUCCUGAUGGCCCCUUCUAAAGUCCGUCAAGUCCUUUGGCCCUUGACAAAGUCGUGAAAUGAAAAUGCAGUGAGUUCUGGGUCCUCACAGUAUAGAAUGCAGUCCUAGAGGAGAAAUUGGACUGCUUGGAUGUUCCGGGAAAUAGGAGAGUGGAGGGGCUUCAGUGGAUGCCAAGGGGAUUCAGUGGAUGCAAAGGGGAUUUUAGCGUAAAAAUUGGUGCAGGAUGAAUUACAAAGGACUGUUCCAGAAUGUGGGGAGGCUGGCACUACUUGACUUCUAGAUUGCUGACUGCAUGCCCUCUGCGGGUACCCCUCCAACAGUGGCAGCUGCCUGACCCUCUGCAGGUUCUGCUCUCAGCAGGCCUCACCAUCAGGCUCAGCCGGUUCUGGCUCCCUGCCCCCACUCCUGGCAGCAGGUCUUUGCCUUGCUUCCUAGACCUAGACCUCUCCUUAUCUUUCCCAGACUCUGCCCUGUUUCUUCUCUCACUCCAUGAGGUCACCUGUAGUCUUCUUUUCUGAACUCCUGAACUGAGACCUUGCUCCUUCUGGAUCACCAUCCCCGUGCUACCUCUUCUUCCACUUUCUCCCUGCUGUUUAUUUAAUUUGCCUGCUCCUUUAGCCCAGUUCCUUAUCAGGAUUCUGAACUUUCUUAUCCCCUCCAACUCAAGACUUCCCCUGAAGCUGUCAACCAUUCUCCAUUUUUUGCAUCAGCUUAUUUUCUGCUCCCUCCUCCUGGGUGGCAAAGCAUGGCAGCUUCAUAGUUGACACCCUCAGAUGGGCUGUCAGCAUCAAUUGGUGUAUCUUUGACUUGCAGCUACACUGCUGUCUGCCUGUGCCCCUCACCUUUGCUCUCAACAAAUGACUGACCCCAUUGCCUGCUUCACAGAAAAGGGUCCCUACAGUGAGAACCUCCUUGCCCAUUUGCUCCUCUCUCCCUCCCUUCUGUCUGUGUCUACAUCUCUCCUCAGAUCCUUCCCAUUUGCUCCUGUUUGGUGCUCCGUUUCUUGAAUCCUGCUUUACGGCCUCCAAGACUUUGCUCUGUCCCUUAUCCCACUGCUUCUACUUCCUGGGUCUCAACCUCCCUCUCUGUUGGUUGUUCCACAAAGCAUACAAACAAGCACAGGUCUCCGCCAGACUAAAACAAAGCUUCUUAGAAUCUGUUGCCUCUUAUUCAUUUCCUUAUUAGCUAAGUUUCUUUAAAAAAGGAUUUGUUCCAUUAAUUCUUCUCUGUCACUCUUCAGCCCUCCACAGAUUUUCAUAAGAGUCACCAGUGACCAUCCAGUUGCCAAAUCAAAAGAAUACCUUUCAGGCCUCAACUGUCUUGAACUCUCCACAGCAUUUCAUACCAUCCAUGGCUUGCUCUUUGAGACGGCCCCUUUAUGUGGCUUUUAUGACACCACAGGCCUCUGGGUUAUCCUCUUAUCUCUCAGCCACAGAGGCUGAGCCUUUCUUGAAAUCUUGACAAGGGAACACAUCUAUAGCUUUUUGUGGUCUCCCCUCUUUAGGAAUUGGGCAGUCAGGAGGAAGCACAGCUGCUCCUGUUCCUUACCCUCCAUGUCUCUCUGUUUUCCUUGAAUCUGUUUCUUCUGCUGGACUCAGUUCUCCCCAUGUUAGUCAUGUGUAUGAGCUCUCCAGGGAGGACAGCAUCCGUGAGCCUUCCCGUCUUUCCCAGUGCAGCACGGGGACAGAUUUUAGCUACGUUUGCCAGGAGAUCCCAUCUAAGUCAGCUGAAGAAUGUGAAUUGAGUCCUACCAAGAAGCAGUUUGGUAAAUGGGAUUCCCAGGCUGGUGGGCAGCUCAUUGCCAUGAUCCCCAUACCAGUUAGAGCCAGCCACAGUUGGUAAGGUCUUGGGAUCAUGGUAAAACAUGGUUUUACCUAGUUCAUUGUGCUCCUAGUCAGAAGGAGGAUCUUGGCAGGGGUGGGUGUCUGCCACUGAAAACUUUCUGGUGCAGAGAAAAUGGAGCAGUGCUGUGACUCAUCACUUGCUUGGGGGCUCAGCUGAGGGCAGUCUGACUGCUUUUGGUCAGGUCUUUCCCAUCUCUACUGACAGCACCACUUGCUUGCUCCGAUUGUUCCCAGAGCUGGAGGCAGAUAUUGGUUGUUUUCUUGGAGAUGGGGUGAUAUCGUAGAAAGUUAACUGAUUUGAAAUGCUGAACACCUAAAUUUUGGCUCCGUCAGUUUGGAGCUAUGUGACCUUGGGUACAGUUUCCCCCACUUAUAAAGUUGGUUGGGGGAGGGGGUUGAAAACAGUGAUCUCUCAGAGGCUUUGCUGCUGGAAAAAUGGUGAUGGUGAUUCUAACUCUAAAGCUCAGGCCACACAGGGAGCAAGGGAAUGUUGGGGGUAGGACAUAGCUGGGGAGUCUUGGCCAAGGCAGGACAAAGGGACUCACAGGCCAGACUGAGAUGUUUGGAGGAAAGCAGCUUUGAGCUGCUUCUUGAGCCAUAUGCCCAUUCAUCGAGCUGUACUUCUUUUCUUGGAUAUCUAGGGUGAGUUCCUCUUUGGCCUUUUUCAGAAGUGGCCAUUGGAUCCAAAGCGGUUGGGGGCAGGAGGGAGGAAUAUUGUAAAGGGAAGUGUCAUUAAUCUUAAAAGGGCCUACACGUUCAAGAACAAAUUAAAAGAUAGCACUUUUCUUUACCAAUAAUUGCGUCCUGGAGUGUUUCUUCAGUAACAAUGGUUAAACCUACUUCAUGGUCUUCUUCCCCUGGACUCCAACAUCAUUAAGAACACAAGGUGGGGAAGAAGAGACUGGGAAGCCUUCUGUCUAGGGAAGAACUCAAGUCUCUGCUUCUUAUUGCAUGAACACAGCCAAUUCUUCAAAAUUCAGGCAAUGAAUCUGAGGCAGUUAGGGGAAAACCAUCUUAUGAGUGCCCGCCACUUCUAGGCACUGAAUACCUCAGGAAUGCCUUUUAUAGAGUCAUUCCUCAGUCACCUAGGCUUAGCUCUCCUCUCUGCCCAUUCUAAACCAGUGUUUUCCAGUCAUUUGGGGUAUAAGGACAUUGUUUUGAAUAUUUGUCAUUCAUUUUGACUGCAUAGAAUCUGAACCCGUUUCUAUUUGGGCAGAAUUCCCCACUUCAGGAGUCUUGGGAGGCAGAGCUCACUUCUCACUACAGUAGCUAAAUAUAUUAAAACUUGAUUUAUCAGCAUCACUUGUAGCUAGGAUACAGGUCUAAUGGUAGUCACAAAAAAAAAAAAAAAAAAAA